GUAUUGUAUAAAUAUAAAGAGUAUUAUUCUAUAUACGAUUUAUCUUUUGGACACCAAGCUUGUAUAUUGUAUUUGACAAAGCGAAUUAUAAUUUUUUGUUACUGUUACGCCGUCUAGAAUUGAUUGAAUCAUAUGUUACAGUAUAAAUAAUAUUCGUUGAAUAUUUGGAAUUCCUCAGUGAAGCGAUUUAAAAUAUUAAUCGCCGAGAGGAUAGAUUAUUAAUAUUAUUUGUAUCACAUAAAAUAUAUAUCUUAUAUAUUUAAUUUUAAUUAUUGUUAUAGAAAUAAAAAUGGAAGAAGUUAAUCCAAAAGCAUAUCCUUUAGCGGAUGCAGCUCUAACUGCAAAAAUUUUAAAUCUCGUAAAACAAGCUGUUGAUUAUCAACAAUUACGGAAGGGUGCUAAUGAAUCAGCGAAAACUUUAAAUCGUGGCCUUUCAGAAUUUAUCGUAAUGGCUGCGGAUGCUACACCAUUAGAAAUUCUCUUGCAUUUACCGUUGUUAUGCGAAGAUAAGAAUGUACCUUAUGUUUUCGUCCGUAGUAAACAAGCUUUAGGUCGUGCUUGUGGAGUAUCUAGGCCAGUUGUAGCCUGUUCUGUUACAGUUAAUGAAGGAUCUCAAUUGAAGCCACAAAUACAAGCUAUACAACAAGAGAUAGAACGUCUAUUGGUUUAAGUUAUAUCUCUGUUCAUUGUACAAAUUCAUAUAUAAUACAAGAAACAAGUUUUUGAUUCA